AUGUCUCUCCAAAUCAGCUGCGGCGCAGGAACACCCGAUUCAACAUCCGAGCGAGCCCGUCAAAGAGCAAGGAAUAUCUUCGACUGGACCUAUCCUGAUAGUAGGCCCCAUGGGGCGCCCGCCCUAGAGAAGCCCUACCGCCGUCCAGAGGGUUUCCUGGUCCGGCUCGUGGCCAUUGGGUCCGUCGGUAAUUACCUUGGUGGCCUAUUCUUCCCAGCCAGCGCCGUGAUAUUGUUAAAAUCAAUUGACCUCGAGCUCAUCCCGUGGAUAGAGCUCCAUCCAAGCGAGGGCCUCUCGGAGCGCAGAUGGAUCGUCAAAUACGUGACGCCCAACUUUGAAGCGCAAAUCGCCAGCGGCUGCUCGUUUGAGCUCGGCAAGACGUGGUCGAACCGAGAUGGCUUCCUGGCCCUUCCUCGCCAAAGAGCUGGCCGCAGCGCAUUUGAUCUAUUUCGGCCAGACAGCGCGAACGCGUUUGACGUAAUGGACGGCCGAGUCGAGGUAAUCGUUCACUUCCAAGUCGCGGAGGGACAGAGCUCGAAUGGGCGUACCAGUGUCCUCAACAGAAGAGUUGAAAGGAGGGAGGAGGAGGAAGAGGAAUCCAUUUAUGACUCUGAUGGGCCCGGAAGCAACUAUCAAAGGAAGCGCCCUCUUGCUCGGCCGGUCCAGAGGAGACUUGCACUCCAGCCGACAACUUCCAGCCGAAGGCCUCAGCGUCACAAUGUCAGCAGCAGUGACAUUGAUGGGAGCAGCGGCAGCAGCGGCGAUGAAAGCGGUAGCAGCAGUGGCAGUGGUAGUGGCAGCAACAGCGACAGCGGCAGUGACGAUGGCGAUGACUCCGACAGCGGGAGCGACAGUUUGAGCGGGAGCGGCAGCAGCGAAGACGGCAGCGACCUCUCCUCCGAAUCGGAGUCGGAAAACGAGGCAAGACACUCCCCAAACCCACGAACCGCUAAGCGAGCACCUGUUAGCAACCCCCCACGAUGUCUCCCCCAACCAAUCCAACAAAUCCCGGCCAAGCCCGUCAAGAGAGCCCCAGCCCCAAGGACCAGACCAGCCCCUGCAGCCAAGGAUGAACGCCAGCCGCCGAGUUCUCAAGCAGUCAACUCGAGGAAGAGGCCCCGCGCAGAGGAAGGGACUGGGGCGGUGGUCCCUGCGAGUGGCCCCGGCGACUCUACCGUGUGCAUCAAGAUCGAGGAUGAUGCGGAGGAAGAUGAUCAGGCUGCCGGGCCGGCAGCUCGCACGCGUGGAGCAGCUUCGAGACGCCCUGUAGAGAAGAGGACGAGAUUCAGCAAUGGUUGCUAG